GAGAAGCCCGUGUUUGGUUCUCAGAGAGAGUCCUUUGGGAAGAGUCACAAAGCGUUUUCCUCUGAGAGGGAGCGGAGUGGCGAGAGCUCGGGAGUCAUCCGCAGGAAGCAGCGCUGCUCUGGACACCGCAGACCUCAACACGUCCCGGACCGCUGGGCUGAGGGGAGCACAAGAGAGCGCAAAGAGCCAAAAGAGGAAGAAAGAAGUGUCAGAUAAUGAUGACAUCUGAUCCGGGUGCGAGUUGAUCUCUCUUUUCUGUCUGACAGCUUGAACUACGGAUCUCCAAAGCGCACCGGGAGUGACUUUUUAACACCUUUUCACACCAGGUCUGCCCGCGUCCUGCCAUCCUUCUGGCGAUUUUAAUCCGCCUGUGGACAUUUUGGAUUCUAAUGUUCCGAUAUGAUUUUCCUUCCGUUUUAGAGCACACUUUCUCACGAGGACUAGAAAUAAAGGAAUAAACAGUCUUGAUUUGAGGCGAAGCGCACGCGGCAGCCGCAGCACAGAGCGCACCCACGUUGCUCCUCUUGAGUCCGUGUGAAGGAUCUACAGGAGAACAAGUGCACAGCCAGCCGGGGAGAGACCGAGACACAGAAGGACAGGCACCGAGCUACGGAGGUUUGUUAAUGUUUGGGAUCCAGGAGAGCAUCCAGCGAAGCGGCAGCAGCCUGAAGGAGGAGCCGCUGGGAGGCAUGAACACUGUCCGGAGCUGGAUGCAGGGGGGCGGCGUGCUGGACGCCAACACGGCCGCCCAAAGUGGAGUGGGUCUGGCCCGGGCUCACUUUGAGAAGCAGCCGCCCUCCAACCUGCGGAAGUCCAACUUCUUCCACUUCGUCCUGGCUCUGUACGACCGGCAGGGUCAGCCGGUGGAGAUCGAGAGGACCAACUUCGUGGACUUCAUCGAGAAGGAGAAGGAGACGAGCGGAGAGAAGACCAAUAACGGGAUUCAUUACCGGCUGCAGCUCCUGUACAGUAACGGCAUCAGAACAGAACAGGACUUUUAUGUUCGACUCAUAGACUCCAUGACUAAACAGGCAAUUGUUUAUGAAGGCCAAGACAAGAACCCAGAGAUGUGCAGAGUGCUGCUGACACACGAGAUCAUGUGCAGUCGGUGCUGUGACAAGAAGAGCUGCGGCAACCGUAAUGAGACACCCUCAGACCCUGUUAUCAUCGACAGAUUCUUCCUCAAGUUUUUCCUCAAGUGCAACCAGAACUGUCUAAAAAAUGCAGGAAACCCACGAGACAUGAGGAGGUUCCAGGUGGUCGUAUCGACUACGGUGAGCGUGGAGGGACAUGUUCUGUCAGUCUCCGACAACAUGUUCGUCCACAACAACUCCAAACAUGGCCGUCGGGCCCGCAGGCUCGACCCCGUGGAAGGAACGCCGUCCUACCUAGAACACGGAGCAGCACCCUGCAUCAAAGCCAUCAGUCCCAGCGAGGGCUGGACUACGGGGGGCGCCACAGUCAUCAUCAUAGGAGACAACUUCUUCGAUGGUCUCCAAGUCAUCUUCGGUACCAUGCUGGUUUGGAGCGAGUUGAUCACGCCGCACGCCAUCCGGGUGCAGACGCCUCCCAGACACAUCCCCGGGGUUGUCGAGGUCACUCUGUCUUACAAGUCCAAACAGUUCUGCAAAGGCACACCAGGAAGGUUCAUAUACACAGCACUGAAUGAGCCAACCAUCGACUACGGUUUCCAGAGGCUUCAGAAGGUCAUCCCUCGGCACCCUGGGGACCCAGAGAGGCUGCCAAAGGAAGUUAUUUUGAAGAGAGCAGCCGACCUGGUAGAAGCCCUUUAUGGUUUGCCCCACAAUAACCAAGAGAUCAUCCUGAAGCGUGCGGCAGACAUUGCAGAAGCUCUCUACAGUGUUCCACGAGGACACACCCAGCUCUCCGGCUCCACCCACGGCAGCAUGAUGGGGGUCAACUCCUUCACUGGGCAGCUGUCUGUCAACGUCUCGGAACCCCCGCAGGGCAAUCAGGGCUUCGUGCGCAGCAGCAGUAGUGUGUCUCCUCAUGGUUACGUGCCCAGCUCCACGCCUCAGCAGACCGGCUACACUUCAGUCACCAGCACCAUGAACGGCUACGCUAACAACACCGGCAUGACCAACCUGGGAGGCUCGCCCACUUUCCUCAACGGCUCUGCAGCCAACUCGCCUUAUGCUAUUGUCCCCUCCAGUCCCACUAUGGCCUCCUCCACCUCUCUCCCCUCCAACUGCUCCUCCUCCUCUGGCGUCUUCUCCUUCUCUCCGGCCAACAUGGUGUCGGCGGCCGUUAAGCAGAAGUCCGCCUUCGCUCCAGUGGUCAGGCCCUCCUCCUCCCCUCCACCCUCCUGUACCAGCGCCAAUGGCAACGGGCUCCAAGAUCAAACAUUUGUGGACUCUAGCAAGUACUCAACAGCCAGCUCUCUACAAGGCCUGGCCUUCACCUGAACAAUCCCAGGAAUGAUCGUCCCACCCAUGUAAAGGUGUGAGUGCAUGACUGUGCGUGUGUUUGUGUGUGAGACUGUGUGUGAGAUGAACCAAGCACACUCACACCGAUCCCGGCGGAGGAUUUCGGUGCGAGUCAGACUCCGGUCGGGGAUGGAAGCAGCUGUCCCGAUCUGAAGGAACAAACCCAACUCAGGCCCUUUCUAACACAAAAACAACUACGAGAAAAACAGACGAAGAACAAAAAAAAGACAAAGACUGUUUGCGAGGAAAUAAGUUGUUUAGACUUUGUACACCUUGAUGCUUUUAUAGGAGAACGGCCACGCCUACAUUUUGACUCUCCACGGACACAGGAGGUGUAUUUAUUUUGGAGAGAAUCCACUUCUUCCCUUGAGUGAUUUUUCUUUUUGUGCAACAGUUAACGUGUGAUAAUCAUCCUCUAACUGUAUCUCACAUGAGGGAUUUUCUAUUUAUGAAGUUUGGUCAUUAAUGAAGGAUUAUAAUGUGAAGAAUACCUGACGAUGAUGGUGAUGAUGAUGAAGAGGCAGCGGGAUUCACGUAGGGUCGAAUCCAGCCGACACAGACAAGCCAAGCCAGACACACACUUUCACUUCUCAUUGCCAAAUCCACACCACCGUCACUCUUUCUGCACAGACACUCAGACAGCGAGGUCUUCCUCUGCAUUUAAUCGAUCAGAUGAAGGAUUGAGAUGCUGCAGUUUUAGCCAGUCGCCAUGUUUGCUUUGAGCUCGCUUCACAUACAUUUGCACCGCUGCUCCAGUGUGCUACAUUUUCUAGAAGGAGAAAAUCUUUCAAGUGCAGAGAGAAACAAAAUUCAGUCAUCUAACAAACCAAGAAGACACAUAUUUCCACCGUGCAAGAUUCAAGAAAUGAGACUUGCUGCAGUUCAGAUUCAGGACAGAUUUGAGGAGCUGACUGUAAAAGGGCCAUAAUGAGUGUGUGAUCACUGGGUGCCAACAGCAGCUUCACUGUUGAAGAUUUGACCCAACAACUCUGCCACUGAGUCCGUCCCUCGACCCUGUUACCAAACAAUCUGUUACAAAGUCAGACACCGCCACAGCAACCUCUAUAAGAGGGGGAACAUGUCUUAAAGACUGCUGCCAUUUUGAGUUUGAUUUUGUUGUGUGAGGGUUGCCUUCUCAAAUGUUUGUCUUAAUACAUAAAUUCUUAUUUCUGUUUGGUUUUUCUUUUGGUUUGCUGUGUUCUUUAUAUUCUUCCUGCCAUCAGCCAGCCAAUCAGAUUGUGUUUCUUUUGAUACCUGCCCACUUAUCUGGUGUGAUGGACAACUUGAGUGAGAAAAUGAUCCAAUGGUGUGUCUUAAAUGCUGCGCUGCAAAGAAUGUCAUUAUAUGUAUAACUGAGUCUUAAAAUUUUUUGUGAAAACAUCUUCCACUGCGGUUUCAAAUCUGCCCAUGAAUUCAGUUCAAUUUUUUAUUUUGUUUACAGUACAACUGUAUAUAAUUGAACACCAUUGCAGCAUUAUUGCAUCCCAUCUUGCACUUGUUUUCUUGAGAAGUAAAAAUUUCCUAAAGAAAGACUUUUUUUUUGCAGCGCAGGAUAAUUAGCCAGCGACAUGUCUUAAAUACCCGGUGUGCAACAAUGAAAGAAGUAGCUGAUGAUUUGUUGUCACUGUUCCCUCAACCAUGCAGUGUGUGUGCUUCAAAAGUCUUACUUAAUUUAUGAUUGUGUUAGUUUUGCCAAAGCCCUUAUUUGAGACAUUAAGGCCUAAACAGUCGCAUGCCACGGCUUCUACGCUAGUUUUCUUUUCUUGUCAUACACAGUCAGAAAUGCCAUACAUCAGAACAACUGUCUUUUUCACACCUGCCAAAGGUACAGUUCAUAAAUGCGUCUUAGUUUUUCGUUUAGGUUGAUGACAUUUGCCACCAAUAGAAACUAUGUAAAAGUAAAUUUGGAUUCUUAACUGGACACAGAGCCUUAUUAGCAUCAUGUGCAGAUGAAGUAAAUCCCACCUCUUUGAUAAACAAGAAUCAGUUGCCUGUGAAGAUCUGGCCCAUAGACUGUUUAUAAAGAUGGCUGCCAUGUCCUACCACUGUACAAAAAUCAAGUCAAAAUAUCCCAGAUACAGCCGCCACCAUCUUGCUCUGGUGACAUAAUUUGGAGCCCAGGUCCAUGCAGUAGUGAUCCCCGCGGUAUUGAGUUCCCGCUGGUACACCGACUCGACCGAUCGCAAGCAGCAAAAUUAUGAUGUCAUACCCCCACUUUAUAGCAUCAAAUGAUUAAUUAGAACCAAACUUACAUACUAUACUACCACUUUUUUCAUGAUUUAUGACAACAUACUAAACUAUGACCUUUUUCCGUGAUUUUUGACGAUGUACUACACGUGACUUUUUUUCGUGAUUUUGGAGGACAUACUGUACUAUAAUGUUUUUUGUGAUUUUUGACAAAAUACUAAACUAUGAUGUUUAUUCGAGAUUUUUGAUGACAUACUAAACUAUGAUGGUUUUUUUUUAGAUUUUUGAUGAAUUACUUAACAAUGGCCUUUUUUUUGCAAUUUUUGACGACAUACUAAACUAUGACGUUUUUUUGUGAUUUCUGACGACAUACCAUACUAUGAUCAAGAAAAUUAAAACUUGAACAUACGCCAGCGAGAUAAGAACCAACCCUAAAUGACAGAAACCAUCUUUGGCAAAAAUUUAUUUGAUGUGUACCUAUCUUUAAAUUUGGCUCAUGUCCGUUAACACAAAGGGGAGGGGUUUACAUACUGCAGCCAGCCACCAGGGGACGAUUGAUAUGUUUUUCCGUCACUUUUGGGAAGCUGUCAUGCUGUCCAUCUUUAUUAUACAGUUUAUGGUCUUAGAUGGUAAGGCUCAAUCAAAAAAAGGAGGAAAAUAUUGAAUGUCCGUCAGUUUUUGAAUCUGAACCAAAUGAGUGAAAGCCACCUCCUCGGGAAUAAAAUUUGGGUGAACUCUAAGGGACGUUUUCAAGAAUUUGAAAAAUGACACAAAAUAUUUCUACAAAAAGAAUCCCUGAAAACUCACCUUCUUAAAGACGCGUUCCUUGCUUUGCCUCUCAUGUCUACGGAUUUGAACGUUAAGACAUCUUAUUUGUUUUUGUAUAAUUUUGUAUCUGUUUAUUAAGAGCCAUACUUCCACUGCUAAUUUCAAUCAAACUAAAAUAAGCCAUGGUUUUUUGUUUUUUUUUUCAUUUGUAAGUCAAGUGCGCAGGAGGAUAUUUUUCAUUCUGUCACAAUGUUGUUUGUAUCAUUAUUGUUAAAGGUUGCAUAAUUUAGUUGUGUUAAUAGGUGUAGAGUUCAUAAAUAUGUCAUUAUGAUUAUCUGUGUUUGUCUUCCAUGUGAUGGAUUUGAAGAUGGAACAGAGCUGCUUAAUGAAGGCUUUCUCCUGCAGCCACUUCUCCUCUCUUUGCUCUCUUUCCCUCCUCCUCCAUGUUUUGAUUGUGCUUUUAAUACUCUGUAUGUUUGCUCUCUUUUUUUCCUUCCCCUCACAAAAAUGAGCCACCUAUUUAUUUUAUCUCAAAUAUGGGUCUGCAGACCACUUUUCUGUUUGUGUCUACAUGUGAGAGUGCCUGUGACUGUGUGUGUGUGUGUGUGUGUGUCAUCAUUUUUCUCUGAAAGAAAAAUGUGAUGUUUUAAAGCUAAGGGAUGUUUUUUAUAGUACAUAUAUAAAUACCUGUACAGGAAGGAGUACAUAGAGGGUUUGGUUAAAAGAAGUAUGAUCUGAAGCACUUGUCCGACAACAUCGACAUUUAUCAUGGCUUGUCUGCGUUCAGGCUCACAGUGGUGGUCGUCAUUCAUACACACAUUAUCAGCAGUGUCAGUGCGGAGGGGAAGAGUACAGAGGAAACUACUGUAAAGAUGAUGAUGUUGAUUCUUUUUUUUAUUUUAAACUUUGAAGUGUAAAAUAACUUUUUGACUCUCACUAUAUUUAAUUAAAGUUCUUUCUUCU